CACUGCCAGGGCAUUACUCAUUUAUUAACAAAGGGAGAAAGAGAUUAGAACUCCUUUAAUGUUCACAAUCUAGCGGGAUGAAUCUGAAAACAACAUGGAAGGAAAAUGAAUGAGACACAAUUCUGCAACAAUGCAAAGAAGUGCAGAAGCCUUAAAAAUGAAUACUGUAAUCAUCACUUUGUGCAUAUAUCUGCUUCAAGUGGGGUCAAAUAUCAUUCAUGCUGAUCCUAAUACAAAAUUAAUAAACAGUGAAGAGCUUUCAGAAAAUGUAUUGAGCUCACCAUCAACUGCAACUAAAGCAACUGGAUCACCAUUAUUAACAGUGACAAGCAAUUUAUUAAACAGUGAUGUGGAUUUAAAUGCAUUGAAGGAACUGAACUCCUCCCAUGUUUCACUAGAUCAUGUAGAGCCUAGUCCAGUAACUACACAGACUGAUGAUUCUAACUCAAGUAAUAGAGUCAUGGCUACAUGGCCACAUACCCAAAUAUUCACUACAACAAAAGAAACUCAAAUUAUGAAAGAAACAACUGCAGUUCCAAAAGAAGGUUUUACCACCUUAGGUGUUUAUAAUGUGAUUAUGGCACCUUCUAAACCAACUUUAAACUUAGACUUGCCACCUAAACAAAGUGAGGUCAGAGUUCAACCAGAUCUUGAGAUAAAUCUUGCUCCUUCACGUGCUGGUAGCAAUACAUCUACCUUUUCAGAAGUAGGGAAACAUUCAAAAGAAGAUCAAAAUAAAGGCUUUAAAAUAAAAGUAAAGUCUAAAUCAAAUCUUGUUAAAAAGGCAAUGGGAAAACAGACAAAGGUAACUUCUGUAAAUAAAGGAAAGGAAAUGACAAAGAAGAAGAAAAUCAAUGCAAAGGCUAAACUUGUUAAAACAAAGAUAAGCAACAAUGAAGAAACGCCUCAUUUCCCAUACUUCAAGGACAAUUACUGCCCUCCCGAGUGUGCUUGCUAUGGAAAAGUGGUGCAGUGCUCGGAUAAAGGUAUACAUAAAAUCCCAUAUGGAAUUCCAUAUAAUGCAAGGUACGUGCUUCUCAUGAACAACAAGAUAGACUUCAUCCAACUGGAUCUUCUGAACGAAUACUUGUCCUUAGAAUUUCUGGUUCUCAGCAACAACCGCCUCACUGAUGAAGCCAUAGAGGGUGCAUUUGAAGGGAUAGAGAAGUUGACACGACUUUUCCUAGAUGACAAUUUUUUGACAAGCAUCCCAGCAGACCUGCCCCCAUCCUUGGAGGAGCUUAGACUGAACCACAACAAUAUAAGCAUAAUGUCAGAAAAGGCCUGGUCCAGAUGCCAAAAUUUAAAAAUCAUCAGCCUUAACAAUAACAGCUUAACAAAUGACUCUGUUCUCGCAGGAGUCUUUGGUUCCCUCUCACGCCUACGAACGCUGAGUAUCAAUUACAAUCAUUUAGCAAAGGUGCCAGAGAAGCUGCCGACCAACCUGAAGGAGCUGUAUGCUGAAGGAAAUCAGAUAAGUGUUAUAUCAGACCAGAUUUUUCCCAAUAUCUCUGACUUGCUUUUCUUGGAUCUCAGCUCUAAUAAGCUCAAAAAUAAAGGGAUCAAUAAACAUUCCUUUCGUCAUAUGAUAAACCUUGAGAAUCUCAACCUUGAAAAGAACCUUCUUCACUCAGUACCAAAGCAUCUUCCAAAAUCUUUAAAGACCCUCAUACUCAAAGGUAACAAAAUAGUGUCAGUAAGUAAGGAUGCAUUUUUGAAAAUGACAAAUUUAGAGCAACUUGGGCUCUCCCAUAAUAAAAUCUUCAAGGUGGCACCCUCAGCAUUCAAGGGCUUGUCAGCAUUACACCAUCUGGACAUUAGCUACAAUUAUCUGGCAGAAGUACCUCAUUGUCUUCCUAUGACAAUGAACUCUAUUGCUCUAAAUAAUAACCUAAUUGCAAAAGUCCCUAGAGAUUCAUUUUGUAAUAUGAAGCAUGUUCAGAGUUCCCUAAUUCUGAUUAAUUUACAGUAUAACAACAUAGAUAUGAGAAACAUCGAUAUCAAAGCAUUCCGAUGCCUCCGUGGCUAUCAAGUGGUUCAUUUUUACUAGUGCAAAUUAUGGGCACUGUGGCACUUUAUUCUUUAAAUUAUUGUAUUUCUGUCAGAAAGUUGUUUCUGAAUUUGUUGAGACU